CACCCAGUUUUGGGGGGCUCGCUAUAAAGCCGGUCUAUGGAAAGGUUUUAAUUUCAUUCUGCAUAUACAUUGCAUAUAACUACAAUACAGUCUACUGCUGAGUGAAAACUGUUCAGACGUUAUACAGGUGUUGCUUAACAAUGGAUCCUAAAUCUUAUGUAGUCCAAAUGAAUGGCAAAAAUGUUCAGAGUAAUGGGACCCAUGGAAAUGGUAUCCACACCAAUGGGGUCCACGGUAAUGGUGUGCACACUAAUGGCAUCAGUGGCAAAGGUGUCCAUCAUGUCAGCCGGAGCAGCAUUAACCCUGCCAAACUAAAAGGACACAUCAAACGCUGGAACGUCCACGCCUCUGAGAUGUCCAAGAACACGCUGAACCCCAUCCGGGCCAUCGUGGAUGGGAUGAAGCUUACACCCAACCCGGAGAAGCCCAUGAUCGCCCUCUCUAUCGGGGAUCCCACUGUAUUUGGGAACUUGCCCACAGACGAGAAGGUUCUACAGGCCAUGAAGGAUGCCAUUGACUCACAGAAGUAUAAUGGAUACGCUCCAUCAGUGGGUUAUCAAAAGAGCAGAGAGGCUGUGGCUAACUUCUACAGCCGACCUGAGGCCCCACUAGACGCCAAGGAUGUGAUUCUGACCAGCGGGUGUAGCCAGGCCAUUGAGUUGGCCAUCAGUGUUUUCUGUAACCCAGGAGACAACAUUCUGGUUCCAUGCCCUGGAUUCUCCCUGUACAAGACCCUUGCGGUAUCUCUUGGCAUAAAUGUCAAACUGUAUGACCUGCUGCCAGAGAGAUCAUGGGAGGUGGAUCUCCAGCAUAUGGAGAGUCUGAUAGAUGACAAAACCACCUGCCUGAUUGUCAACAAUCCCUCCAACCCAUGUGGAUCAGUCUUCAGUAAGGAACAUCUGCAGAACAUCCUAUCAGUGGCUUCAAAGCACUGCAUACCUAUCCUGGCUGAUGAGAUUUAUGGAGACAUGGUUUUCCCAGGAUGCUCUUUCCACUCACUGGCACCGUUGAGCCGGGACGUGCCCAUCCUGUCGUGCGGCGGGCUGGCCAAGCGCUGGCUGGUGCCCGGCUGGAGGAUGGGUUGGAUUCUUAUCCACGACCGCGGAAACGUGUUCGGCACAGAGAUCCGUGAGGGUCUUAUUAAACUGAGCCAGAGGAUUCUGGGGGCCUGCACUGUUGUCCAGGGGGCGCUAGAGAGCAUUCUGAACAACACACCGAAGGAGUUUUACAACCGAACCAUCAGUUUCAUCAAGUCAAACUCUGAGAUCUGCUACUCUGCACUGUCCACCGUUACUGGGCUGACUCCUGUCAUGCCCGCUGGGGCCAUGUACCUUAUGGUGGGGAUUGAUAUGAAACACUUCCCAGAGUUCCAGAAUGACGUGGAAUUCACCGAGCGCCUGGUGACAGAGCAGUCUGUCUUCUGUCUGCCUGCCACACCGUUCGAGUACCCGAACUUCUUCCGCAUCGUGGUGACGGUUCCUGAGGACAUGAUGGUGGAGGCAUGCGUCCGGAUCCGAGAGUUCUGCACCCGCCACUACAGACCUCGUAGCCAAGACAGCAAUGAAAUCGACCAAUGAGAGAGCCUAAGAAUGAGAGGGUGGGAGAUCGGAAGAGUGU